AUGUGUGGACGCGGUUACGCAGUCGGUGUUCCACGUAGGCGCGUGCUGUCGCAUCCGGAAGGAUGCAGCAUCAUGCACAAAUGCGUGAUCGGACAUUUAGCGGAUGACACGGACAGCGUGCUGUUCGUGAACCCAAAAAUCUACAAGGCGACGCCAGAUGGCUCUCCUCGUCCUGUAGAAAGCGGCAAUGAUCUUCCUUUGUACACGUCGCCCAGGCGGCGCAGCUACAAUGAGGUCAUCUCAUGCGUCAUUGCCAUGCUUCAUGGUGUGGAGGUGUUCACGUCGCUGCCGAUCCUCUAUCUCUACAAGGACGAUUUCAAGCUCGGACCGGCGAUGCUCAUCUUCAUACUCGGCAUCAUCCGCAUCCCGAUGAACGUCAAGAUACUCUUCGCGUUCAUGAGCGAUGGAGUGCCCUUGUUCGGAAGCCGGCGGAGGAGUUACCUGAUCAUCGGCAGCAUGCUCUGCCUGGCGUCAAACGUCACCCUUGGCUUCUGCGCUCACCUUUCCCUGCUCUGGACCACGGUGUUGCUCGCGGUAUCGUCCUUAGGGAUGGCGCUGUGCAGCGUCAUCGGAGAGGCGCUCAUCAUCGAGACCGGACGCAGGCAGUCCAACGACCAGGUCACCAGGACCAUUUCCACGUUCUGCGCCUUCAGGAAAAUCACCUUUGCUGGAAUGUCGUAUCUGUCCAGUGUGCUCAUCAUGAUGAUGGCAAAACAGCAACUCUUCCUGAUGUGCUCGGUCAUCCCGCUCAUUGUCGUCAUCAGCGCCUUUUUCAUAGUCGAGGACUACACGCACCCGCAACUCUCUGUUAAGGAGCAGUGGACGAAACUGGUGAAUUUCGUAGGAAAGCCCGAAAUCAAGAGGCCCAGCACGUUCCUCUUCAUCAGCAUGCUUGUGCCUUCUGCGGGAACUGCGCUGUUCUACUUCAUGACGGAGGAGCUGCAUUUCGAUCCGGAGCUUUUCGGUAGAUUCGCGGCCAUACAGGCCUUCGCCAGCCUCAUCGGGGUGUACUGCUACGCGUACAUUUUCCGCGACUGCAGCAUCAGGAAGCUAUUCGUGUGGACCACUCUGCUCGUCUCGAUGUGCUGCCUCCUGAGCAUCGUGCUCGUGGAGAGAUGGAACCUCAAGCUCGGGAUCCCAGACACGGCGUUCGUCAUCACCGACAGCUCACUGCUGCAGCUGGUUGGGGAGAUCAACUCACUGCCCAUAUUCAUCAUGGCCACGAGGUUGUGCCCGCCCGGAAUAGAGUCGAGCAUGUACUCGUUCUUGUGGACGGCGCAGUUCCUCGGCCUUGACGUCAGCACGUACCUUUCGUCGCUGCUGACCUACGCCUUCGGAAUCAGCGCAAACCACUUCGGCGGACUCGUGCAGCUCAUCGUGUUAUGUGCCGUGGCGCACAUAAUACCCAUCUUCUACGUGCACCUGCUCCCGGACAGCAUCCCCAAGACCAUAGAGGACGACGAGGCCGAAACCAGGCCAUGUCUACAGGACGGCGGUGCUGCCGAAGAGGGCAGGGAAAUGUAA